AUGUCCCCAUGCCCAAUUAUUGCCCUCUCGGCUACCGUCGGAAAUCCCCAGGAAUUCUACAACUGGCUGGAUUUCGCCCAGAGAACCAAUGGAUUUGACCUCAAGAUGAUUCAGCAUCAACACCGUUAUUCGGAUUUGCGAAAGUACGUUUACCAGCCUCAUGGUGACUUCGCGUUCAAAGGGUUUUCCAGUACUCCUAGCUUGGCCCGUUUGGGCCUCGAUGGAGCAGAUGAUAUGACAUUCGUGCAUCCUGUCACUAGCUUGCUGGACCGCACCAGAUCGAUACCAGAUGAUCUUGACUUUGAGCCACGCGACUGCUUCACUUUGUGGAAAGCAAUGAAGGACCUUCAAACAAAGCAGUUCCCUGUUGAUCCAUCUUUGGACCCCACCGUCUUUUUCUCGAAUAUUGUCAUUCAAAAAGUGCAUAUCAUAGAAUGGCAGAAACGACUAAAAGUGUUGUUGGGAGAGUGGAUGAAAGACCAAGAAUCUCCAUUUGAGAAACUUUUGCUCAACCUUGAGCACCCAACAGAUUUCGCAAUCGGAAAAGAAAAGGACUUGUCUAAACAGGUUUCUCGGAUGAAUGGCCUAUCUGAUCCCCUAAACGGUAACCUAGUCGACACAACCCUCCCUUUGAUCUCCUCACUACACGCUCAGAAUGCUCUCCCUGCCCUAUUCUUCAAUUACGACCGCGGUAGAUGUGAAGAUAUAUGCCAAGAGCUGUUGACACAGCUACAAAAUGCUGAGACAAAAUGGAAAGAAGAGAGCCCGGUAUGGAAAUCCAAGAUUGCCAAAUGGGAAGUAUGGAAGACAUCCAAGUUGUCAGCAAAGAAGAAGCUUGAACGGGCUACCAAGAAGAAGCCAAGUGGAAACGCCGACGAAGAGCCAACUUCCAAGGCAGAGCAAGCCAAAGAAUCAGCAUCUACUGAUUUCGGCUGGCUUGAUCUCUUUGACCCGAAGAAGCCUGUGGAUGGAUUCCAUUUGGCUGACUUCAAGAAAGUUCCCGCUUCCGAGUUCCUUGUCUAUUCCAAGCAGCUGCAGUGGCGCUCGGUGCCUCAAUGGUUGAUUGAUGCCCUAGAGCGAGGAAUCGGUGUCCACCAUGCUGGUAUGAAUCGCAAGUACCGUCAAGUUUGUGAAAUCCUCUUUAGGAAAGGCUUCCUGCGUGUCGUGAUUGCUACUGGCACUUUAGCCUUGGGUAUCAACAUGCCUUGUAAAACAGUCGUUUUCUCGGGCGAUUCCAUUUUCUUGACAGCUCUGAAUUUCCGACAAGCUGCCGGAAGAGCAGGACGUCGUGGAUUUGACGUCCUCGGAAAUGUUGUUUUCCAGCAAGUUCCACCAUCCAAGGUGCAACGUCUGAUGAGCUCAAGACUCCCAAGUCUCAGUGGACAUUUCCCCAUCACAACAAGUUUGGUUCUACGGCUGUUUAUCUUGCUGCAUGGCUCAAAGCAAGCUCCAUCUGCCGUGAAAUCAAUCAACUCGAUACUCUCAAGUUCUCGCAUCCACCUCGGUGGCCCUGAGAUGAAGCAAACGGUGCUCCACCAUCUCCGAUUCUCUAUUGAGUACCUCCGACGGAACAAUCUUCUUAGCGGUACUGGCAUGGCCUUGAACUUUGCGGGCUGUAUCUCUCACCUGUACUACACAGAGAAUUCGAGUUUCGCUUUCCAUGCCCUACUGAACUCGGGAUACCUCCAAGAUCUCUGCCAGGACAUAGAAACGAAGCCAAAACGGACUGUCCAUACUCUGAUGCUGGUUAUGGCCCACCUUUUCGGGCGUAUUCCCCUGCGAGCUUCCACCUUGGAAUGGUUCCAGAACGCAGAAAAGAAGCCCUCCUCGAUCGUGGCUCUUCCACCUCUCCCGAGAAAAGCAGCCUCCGCCCUACGGGCUCACAACAGACAGGUCCUGGACGUCUACACGGGCUACGUUUCUACUUUCGUUAAGCAGCAUAUCAAGGAACCUGACUGCUUGCUACCAUUUAGUGGAACCAAGUGCGGCGGAGAAAGCUCCGCCAAGAAACUCGGUUUCUCGCAGUUCGACCACAUCUCCCCAUCAAUUGUCUCCCCAUUCUUCGCCCUUUCAGGGAACGGAGACCAAUGCAACACUGUCUUUGAACUCAGCCAGAUGGUUCGCAGUGGCGUUUGGAUCGAGGAUUCUGUCAUUCCAUAUGUAGCUAUUGACGGCAACGAGAACGCGACCCCUCUCAACGCAUACCUGUAUGACUUCUUCAAGCACGGAAAUGUUUCUCAGUUGGAGACUGCAAACCGCAUCCGCCGCGGCGACGUCUGGUUUGUGUUGAACGACUUCUCCUUGACUUUGGCCACCAUCAAGACUAGCAUUGAAGGGUUCCUCAAACCUGGAGGUAACAUCGGUGCCGACAUGCUCGAUGUUGCUGGCGGAGGUGACGAUUACGAGAAUCUCGUGGACGACAAGGCUGUUGAUCAGAUUGAGGCUGAAAAUGCUGGAAAGCUGGUUGUGAAACCAGACAACAAGCAGACUAUGCCUGCUGCUCCCAUCCCUAGCUCUCGCCCCAAAGCGAAGAAGGUUGUGAUGGAUAGCUGGGAGGAUGAGAUGGAUGAUGAAGAUGACGAAAGCGAGGAGGAAGCGAUUGCUGCCUCCAAAGAUACGGCCAACGGGCUCAGCUCUAAAACCACGCAAGAGAAGCCAGUGGACAACUCUCACAGAUCUAUGUUCUUGGUUGCCAAGGCCUUCAAAGAACUGCACAACGAGUUUGAUACCAAGUUCAAGGCUAUGUGGGCUUAA